ACCCCGCCCAUUUGUACAAUUUAUAUUUUUUAAAUGUGAUUUUAAAGCAUACCCUAACCGUAACCACACUGCUAACCGUAUGCCUCGUCCUAACCUUCAAUUAAGACCAAAAAUAUAAUAUUAGGUUUAAUACAUUUUUAAUAUGUAGGCCAAUUUGACUUUGUGGCUGUGGUAACUAGUGGAAGAUCUUGUUGCGCACUGGAAUUGGGUCCGACUGCAACUCUCAACCGUAGAGAAUGAUAGAGAGGCCUGUAUAAGUGCCCAAAGGCCUUUUUAGCAUGAGCAGCACCAUUGAGUGCUUCCACCACUGCAAUGUAGUCAACUGGGUGAGACGUCCAACUUCAUUAGCUGAGCCCUCCUGGUGACCCUGUUGGAGUCAUGUCCGACUUGGACAUGAAGGGAUCAGCGAAUCGAGAAGAAGAAAAUGGACUACUUUAAAAUGGAGAUAGCCUCAAUGGCGCUGCCCAUGCUCUCACAUAAAUUAUAAUGGCACAGAUACAAAGACGAGCCCUCUAUCUAUCUCUAUGCUCUAAACUUUCUUCUUAUUCUUAGUGUGGUUUUCCAGCUGCCUUUCACAGGUCGGAGUGUGAAUUGCACAUUUGUUCAAAAUUGUACCCUCCAGAUUUCACAAAAAAAGGGCAAUGGGAAAAAUAAAUGGCCCCACCAUCUAACUUUACAUAAACGCCACUAUCCCCAACAAACCCACCACCCUUUCCCACUAUUUUGGCCCUAACAGAUCCUCUCAGAACCUCCUGUAGUUUUUCUUCACCAAAAUCUCUGACACCCAAAGCUUCUCUGCUGCUGCUAUUACCUCAUCAAUCUUCUUGGAUUUUCCGUUCCAUUUAUGAGACCCGACAGUGAGCCAGGCGGAUAGCAUCUCGAUUGCUAAUGUCUGACGGUGUAUUGAGAGAUGCAGAUGCUGUCCCCGAUGCGGGCGCCUGUCGUUUGAAGCCGGUCGAAACUCCAAGAACCAAUACAGGCAGAACCAUGGACAGAUCCUGUAAAAAAUGGUCAGCCUGUGGUGUGCGUGGGUGAGGAGGAAAGCGGGUAAGGAGAUGGGCUGCACCUCGGCCAAGCAGGUGUCGGCAGUGCCAAGUGGUGAGGAGGGCCGCAGUAAAGCCUACAGCAAUGGGGACCUUCUUUCCGACGAGUACAAAAAAGGAGUGGAAAAGGUCAAGUAUAUCAAUGGAGAAGAGGACAGACUGAACACCUGCAACCAGGACAGCACGGAGAAGACUGCCCUGCUUACUAGGGUCCAACGCACAGAUGACACAGGAUCAAAUGGCAAUGGGAAGACACAUAUCCAUUCUUCAGAGAGCCAGCAAGAGUUCUUCAGGAUGCUGGAUGAGAAGAUAGAAAAGGGGCAGGACUACUGCUCAGAGGAAGAGGAUAUGACAUAGCACUGACGUCCGCUAUCUGCUCCCCUGAGAGGAAGGAUUUGUCCAAUGGAGGCUGGUGUCAUUUCAGCCAUUACAAUGAGCCAUUCCAUUCCAGCCAUUACAAUGAGCCCAUCCUCCAAUUUCUCCCUCCACUUGCCUCCACUGGAUUUUUCCAAUGGCAUGGACAGACUAUACCACAUAUACCUUACCCAAUGGCCCCUCCUCCUUUUGGACUGGCCCAUUUCGUGGAUGGAGUGGGAGACACGUUGACCCUCAAGCACCUUUGCUUACCACACUGUCUAUAUCUACAACCAUCUCCCCGUAACAGAUGUUUGAGUCCAUUGCGACAAUGUCCCCCCCCCCCCACCCCAAAGGAGCAAGGACCACUUCCACGCACCAGGCGUAUAAUUUUGAACAACUCUCCAAGUCUGUCGCCAUGGUUACCCUGCACACGAAGUACAGCAGCUGCUCUAGACUCUGUGACUGUGGUCCGUUAAAAGACACUGGCAUUCUAGUCAUUUUGAACCCAUGGAUUGACUAAAGCCACGACCAAUAACCAUGAUGGUAUCAGUCUCAAAGAACAUUUGUCAAUCCUUAUCUGAUUCUGAUUGGAUUAUGAACAGUGGAGGUAAUGGAGAGCAGAGGAAAAUGAAUCUGGGAAUUAUUCCAGGGGUCGUAUUCAUUGGGCACCAAAUGGAAGAAAACGUUCUGAAACAGGGAGGGCCUUCGAAUAAGAAGCGGCAGUUGACAUUUUCCAUAGCAAAAUGUUUUUUUUCUACAGUGUUCCCUAAUGAAUGCGAUCCAGGUGGCUGAAACGUUGAGCAUUGCAGAUAGAAACACUAAUACAGCUGCUGAUGCUCCUUAUCAUUGCAUUAUAUCCUUAUCUCUAUGUAGUGUAUAUCUAUCUGCAACAUUCCAAGCGUGCCACCCCAAUGAACACACCCUUGGAGGGGAAACCGGGGUUACUUACUUCCUGCAUUCCAAGACACUUUUUGAAUCUUCUUUUCUACAGUAUGUUCAUAUGCGAUUCAUAGUCUUAUCUAUGUCUUCUUACUUCACCACGUAGGGUAUUCUUGUUUAAUUUUAAUGCUCAGGGUUGAAGUGUUCUAGUCAUUGUCUUUUGUAGGAGAGCCUACCUCUUCAUUAGGCUUUGUUGUCCCAUUUGUGUACACACACACGGUUAUUUCCCUAGCACCCUACUGUCACUAUCUGUUCUUCUUACCUGUUAAUAAGACCAUCUCAGUGUUAAAUCUACAGGCAGUAUACUGUAUUAGGAGCAUAGAUCAUGCAAUGGUCUUUGCAUUUGUCGUCAUGGUCAUUUUUCUGUGCUUGUUUUUCAUGUUCAAAUGUUUUUUAUUUUAUUAUAGUCAAAUAAAAAACAAGAAAUGUUUUCAGGU